UCCAGGCGAAGGACAACGCCAGCAACUUGUUUGGUGUAGAUCGCCUAUAUUUCUUAACUUUUGUGCACAUGUUACGAUAUUUUACUAUAUAUCAACUUCAGGAAGACUUUUCCCUCAAUGUGGAGUAACAAUAUAAAGAAAAAUGAACCAGGAUUCUUUGUUUUCACUGGAAGUUGUGGUGGACCUUCUCAAUAUUCCGGCUGUCUCUUGUCGUUUUCCAGCCAUCGCAUUUCGUUUGCUUGAUUACCCAACUCUUUUGAUACAUCAUGUGGAUCCAGAUCUUGCCGAUACUAUCAGGCGUAAACUUGAAAUGGACAGCUUUUAUGAAAUACCUGCACAGUUCAGCGAACUGAAAGAUAAACAAGGCAAUUUCCCCAUCAAGAAAGGCAAAUCUUGUUUGUACAAAAUCUCUGCAGAAACACUCCAUAUGCAUCUUACCAACACGCCACUGUACGUGAUGAUAAUAGACACUUAUCCUAAGGUACCAAAGCUGCUUGGUAGCUCCACUGUUACUCUUCAAAACACAAUUGACCACGUGGUUGCAGAUAUUAAAGCUAAUGGUUUAUCUUUACCCUCUGUGCAUGGAGGGAAAGGCACAUACAGGCUGUAUAAUUUGAUGGGGAGUGAAAUAGGUUAUAUCACUAUGGGACACAGACUGUUCAGUCUGGGAUAUAGCUUACUGUCCCACAUACCAGAACAGGCAAUAACCAAAACACAGAAGCAGGAGAUACCAGAAAAAGAGGCCACAGAUAGCAAACACAAAGAAGAUAUUGUGCAAACAGUUGAUACCAUCAUGACAGACUUGGAGAUCAAAGGCAAAAACUCAAAUGUUGUGAUAUCUGAACCUGAUGAAAAUAGAGAGAACAAGAAACCAGAGUUAUUAACACAGUUUACUCAGACUGAUGCUGAGAAAAAAUCAAAACAAUUGCAAGUAAAAUCAAUAAACCCAGAUGUGGAUUCCUUGAAUGAUAUAUUUGUUAACAACAUUGAUUGUCCCCCUCCAUUGUUUUACAACAGCAAAGCUGAAACUGGGAGCUCUUUCAAACUUUUAAAUGAUUUAUACGCAAAACAAGAUGCAUAUGAUAACUCUUCUGAUGAAACUGCUAGUGGGAUUGAGAGUGAGAUCUCAGACCUCUCCCUUGAGGAACCCGUCCAUGACCAUACAACAUAUCACAGACAGACCCACACUGGAGAGUGGAAGGUCAGGAGAACUGACCCCUAUGACAUGACUCCCCAGCCUCUACCCUCUGUGGACAACUUCCCACUGCUGAAUGCUCUCUUUAGAGAAUUAACAAACCUGCAACACCAACGUAGCCGACCUGAACCCCAGAAGUCCAAGCCUCAGGUCACAGUGGUCCGUCAUGUCCCCUAUGAUCAUGUCUCCCCUGGAAAACAACCAAAAACACCCCUGGUGAGGGGAAUUUCAGUGCCCAAUUUGGUGACUGAUGUUGAGCCAGAGCCCACUGAUGAUUACCUGAUCCAGCAACAGCCAAGAUCUGCUAGACAUCCCCAUUCACACAAGACUCAUAGGUAUCAUGAAUGUGAAGACCCAUCCCAUCAUAAAAAGAAAGUACCAAAGGAUAAGGGUUGGUUAAGACAAACUCCAGUUUAUGGUCAGCACAAGACAAAACUAAAGUUUGGGAUGACCAAUACUCAGAGGCUGAGGAUGGCAAGAACCAACCCCGAGGUUCUGGCAACAAUGGAAAAACAGCUCAGCUCACCAAGACCUAAGAAAAAACCUGUACACCAUGAACACCAGGGUGAAAGGAGGGAGUUUGCAAAAGUUGCAGAAACCUCUACCUUAGUUCAAGGUGUACCAUUUGAGCAAGAACCAGAAGUAGUGGGUACCCCUCAAAGACCAAAAGUAGCUGAAACGGCUGAGAUACAGAGAAGUGAAAAGAAACACAGAAAGCCUGUUCCAACCCCAAGAUUAUCAAGAGAUCUUACCAGAGAAAGCUUGUUUAAUUCUCCUGCACCAAGUUCUCGUCAGUCUCCAGUGCCUGCCUCCAGGAAACCAUUGGUUACACAGACCAGAGUAUUAACAGCUGUUCAUGGUGGUGAUGUUGUUCAAUCCCCUGACAUCCCAGACAGCCAAUACAGCCUCACUACAUCAUCUAAGAGGAGUAUUGAGGUACAUAUACCACAGGCAGGUGGGGAGGAGGAGGAGUAUGAUAAAGCUAGCCAAGGGACAUCUGACGUCAGUAUAGUGUUUUCUGAUGAUGCAUCACAACAAGGUAAUGUGAAACCUGUGUAUAACCCAGGCUUCCCUGAAGAUGAUGAUGAUGACAUAAAUAGUGUGACAUCUGCUAAAAAACAAGAUGGCACCCAGUACUCUGACUAUUCAGAGGACUUUGAAGAUCAUGGGCAGAAGACUGAUGAUGAAGAAUAUCCAGACACUGUUGUGGAAAACAAGAAACUGUUCGAAACAGAAGAGGAAAAGAGUGUGGGGUCAAAUCAUUCACCCAAAUCUGUCAAUUCAAAACAAUCCCAGACAUCUGUUAGAUCAAAGAAUUCCAGAGAAUCUGAAAAGAAAUCGGAGCAUUCCCAGUCGUCUGCUGCAUCCAAGUUAAGGAUCCAUCCUCCAUUGGCACCCACACUGUCCAGCAAAUCUCCUGUAGUUGCUCCAAGACACUCCAUGCAGAAGAGACUGUUGGAAAGGAGCGACUCAUUUGACAGAGAUUCUUCUCCAGAGCCACAACCUAGACCUAGACACACUACAGUUACAUCACAUCGAUCUCCCAAAUCUCCCUCGGGCUCACCAGGACACAGGCAGAGCCCACGUCCACCAGUUUCUCCCUCACCUCCCCAGUCACCACGUCCAAGAAUUUCACGUCAACCUCGCGUCAAACGCGAAUCUGUCCACACAGACUCUGUCAGCUCAUACAGCCCCUCAGAUCCUGACAACAUGGAGUUUUCUAUGGGAACUUCCAUGGAUACUGCAGAUGGAACCUUAAGAUGAAAAAUAAUGUGGUUUUUAAAAAUAUUUUACACACAUGAAAUGAGGCUUAGAGCGCAAUUACUUUUAAUCUUGGGCCCAUGGCCCAUUAUUUCAUGAGAGGUUGGCCUUCCAGAGUAUGGCCCUUCCCUGUAGUUUAUCUCAUCUAGGCUCACUAAACAUAGCAAAUGUAGUCUGGUUUUCUUUUAAGACCGCUGUAAUGCCCAUGACAAACUUUGGGAAACCAGGUAUACACUUUCUACCUUUGGUGAGCUCAGGGACAGUGGAAUAGUUGGCCUGCCAUCAAUGUAAACUUCUAACAGAAUUCGAAGGAAAUUGUUAACUUUAAUAGAAUAUUGGUGGUUUGAUAGCAACACCCUGUUGAGUGAUCACUAAUCUCAAAGCCGAGGCAGCAGCAUUCGGUAGGAAUACAGACUUUAAUCAUCCCUUUAAAGUACUAGCAAACUUUCUACUUAUAAGUAAAAAUAUUUUAGGUAUGAACAUGUAUGCAUUUUUACCAUGCUGUGAUUUUAUUAGAUCCUUAUGUCUGUUGAGAUUUUAUUUACGCUCUAAAUAUGCAAAACGGUUGGUUAAUAUUUAAAUGAAUCAUCAGAAUUAUUAACUAGUAUAGAUUAUUAAAGGAAGUAAAAACCAGUAUCAUACAGCCUAAAAAACAUCUUUGAUUGACCCCCAGCUCUUUACCCAUGGACAACAUAAUCAGGUAAUGUCUUUUUCAAUCAGUAAAUUGUUAGCGAGCACUUGACAUGUGAUCAUUAGUAUUAUAUCAAAUAAUUUGGCUGUCAUAUAUUUUUAAUGCGAGUUUGUGCAAGUCUUGGUGCGAAGUUUUGUUCGAUU